CACACAUGUUGAGGCUGUUUCCAUCAGCUGAUUCAGGUAAUGUCGGCUCUGUGCUGAUCUGCAACCUCAGGUUUAAAGCUCAGAGAUCAGAUCGACCCUCUGCAUCGAUCCUGCACCUGAAACCCCACAAGACGUCCUGCUUCUCAGCCAAUCAGAGCUCCACCUGCCAAGACUGACAAAUCAGCAGAAAAGAGACAAAGAGGAGCCUCGUGGUGCGUUCACAGUCCUCGGUGUUCAUCCUGUUGUCUGUGUUGAGCUCAGCGUGUUCUUCAGUGUCGCAGCAUGAAUCAGACGUAGCUUCCUGCAGACCUGGUUCCUGAUUGUUCUCCGUUUUAAAAGAAGAAGCUUCGUCUUGUGUGAGGAUCUGUCGUGUCCGAUGUCGCGGCACAGCAAGCUGCAGAAGCAGGUUCUGUCUCUGUACCGGCAGUUCCUGCGCGCCGGCCAGGACAAACCGGGCUUCAUCCCACGAAUCCGCGACGAGUUCAAAGAAAACGCUCGUAUCAAGAAGACGGACGUGAUGCACAUCGAGUACCUGUUCCGACGGGGCCAGAGGCAGCUGGAGCAACUGAAGGACACCAACACCAAACAGCUGGGCUCCUUCUCCAAACCCAAAGAGCAGAGCUGACCUCUGACCUGCACCACGUCAUGUGACCCUGAAUCACACCGACAAAUACCUCCAGAAAAAAGCAGUUAUCACCAACAUAACAUGCUGAGAUGCUGCAUUCAAAUCCAGUGGGACAUUUCCUGCUGAGUACAGAGAAGAUGUGAUAAACUGAAAUACAGACAUUACACUGAAUUCAUACAACAGUAACAAUAAACUCUGUAAUGGACAAAGCUGUUAUGUGGAAAUAUUAAUAUUGCAGUUAUUAUAUAUAUUUGUAAUUAUCAUAUAAUUACCAUAGUAGCAGUAUCCAUCAUUCAGUGUGUCUACAAGCAGCAAGUAUCCUGGUGAUGGUUUGUGCAUUUUAACAUCAACACCAGGGGCCACAUGCAUAAAACUGUGUGCCACAAAUAUGUAGACACAUUCUUUUCAUCAGAUUGUAAAGCUGUGUACAGGCAUGGUAACAGUAAACCAUCAGCAGUGAUAUCUCAGUUUUAUGUCUGUGGCUCAGAUCCAGGUGUCUGAUUGUGUAAGCAGGUGUGUCAUCAACUUCAUCAAUCAAUUUUAUUUGUUGGGUUUGAAACUGUUUCUGAGCUCAGUUAGUCAAACUAUACCGAUACAGAGACCAUUGGUGUGGCCCUGGUUAAGAAUUUUAAAGACUUAUUUCACAGAUUGUUGAAAGUUAUGAAGGAAAUGUAUCAGUGAUGAUUAGACCUGGAAUGAUUAUUAUUACUAUGUGGA